AUGUCCAAAACGAUUGCUUUUGUGGCCAUCACCAGCAACAGCCGUACACACAACAGCAGCUCGAUGACUCAAGCGUACCAGGGUUCAGAAGACAGUCCUUGCGUCAGCCCGCAGUUUGAUGACGUAGUGACUAGAUUUGGAAACCCAAGACAAAGCCAGGAUGAAUUGAAAAGGAAGGAGAUGGAUUUCUUGAACACUAUUGCCGCAUAUGCUCACAUUAAAGCAAAUCCAGAGAGUUUUGGCCUUUACUUCGUCAUCGGCGUGUUUGGCCUGGUGCUCACUCUCUGUCUCCUGGUCAUCCGGAUUUCCUGCAAGCCUCGCACCACCACAGCUCCCUACCCGGAGAAAAAACAGCUCAAAGACUAUAGCGAAGAGGACGAGGAGGAUGAGGAGAGCGAAGAUGAAGAGGAUGAUGCAGGAGGCCUGGAGUCCUCCAUUCGCCACAGCACCACAGAAAUUCCCAUACACCACCAGAUUACUCCGGACGGGACGCUGGGAAGGAACGUGUUCGCGUCGGCUGAGGAGCUGGAACGAGCGCAGCGGCUGGAGGAGCGGGAGAGGAUCAUCAGGGAGAUCUGGAGGAACGGACAGCCUGAUAUUCUGGGAUCGGGGACGGGGACUAUUGGCAGAGUCCACUACUAUUGAGCUCUCCCUGAGACUUCGAGACAUGAGCUCAAAGACUGAAAAUUGAAGCCCGUUCACUUUGUUUAAAACACAUCAGACUGGGUGUUCUUGUUUUCCUGUAGACCACGGGUACAGAUGUUCUGUCUGAAAUGUUGGACUGGGCAAACUGUGGACAGUCCUCAAGUCAAGGUGCUUAAUGAAAAGUCAUUUUGGCUCUGUUUACACCUGGUUUAAAGGGAUAGUUCACCUAAAAAUUUGACUUCUGUCAUCGUUCACUCAGCCGUUCACUUGUUCAAAACCAGUUUCUUUCUUCUGUUGAACACAAAAGAUGCUUUGAAAAAUGUUAGCCAUUGAUAUCCAUUGUAUUGUGUUUUUCCUAUGGAUGUCAAUGAUUUUCAACAAUCUUCAAAAUAUCUUCUUUCGUGUUCAACAAUAAAAAUUAUAGUCAUGAGGGAAUAAUCCACUUGUUAAGUAAACGGUGAGUAAAUUUCUAUGUUUGGAUGAACUAUCCCUUAAGGAUGUGUUUUGGCUGAUGGAUCAAAAGAAGAUAAGGGAGAAACUAAAGCAAUGAGCCCCAAGAAACAAUGCUUUACUGUGAGUUUAUAACAAUGUGGAGAGGAGGAUUAUUGCUGUUAUAAAUGCACUGUAACCACAAUUUAGUUGGGAUUAUUGCUUUUAUUAAACUUUUACUCCAAUGUACAUUUGGAAAUCAGAAUUAUCAGCCCCCCUUUGAAAUUUUUUUUCUUUUUCCAAUAUUUCUCAAAUGAUGUUUAACAGGGCAAGGACAUUUUCACAGCAGUCUGAUUUUUUUUUUUCUUCUGGAGAAAGUCUUAUUUGCUUUAUUUCGGCUAGAAUAAAAGCAGUUUAGAAUUUUUUUAGGGUCAAAAUGAUUAGCCCCUUUAAGCUAUUAUUUUUUUCAAUAGUCUACAGAACAAACCAUCUUUAUACAAUAACCUGCCUAAUUACCCUAACCCCCCUAGUUAACCUAAUUAAGGCUUUAAAUUGCCACUUAAAGCUGUAUAGAAAUGUCUUGAAAAA